AUGGGAAGUGGGUACGCUAACGGAUCAUUCGUGAAGAACAGAUAUUGGAUUCUCAGACACGGCAAAAGCAUCCCUAAUGAAAAGGGUCUCAUUGUCUCCUCACUGGAAAAUGGAAUUCUUGAAGAGUAUCAAUUGGCUUCUGAUGGGGUUCGUCAGGCUCGUUUGGCUGGAGAAUCAUUCCUCAGGGCAUAUCAAUUCGUUAUGCAGCAUUUGAAAGAAAAUGAAAUUGAUCUGAAUAAUGUCCGAAUCUGCUAUUCACCAUUCUCGAGGACCAAGCACACUGCAAAAGAAGUUGCUUCUGUCUUAAAUAUUCCAUUUGAAGGCCCACAAUGCAAGGUUGUGCAGGAUAUUCGAGAGAGAUUCUUUGGCUCUUCAUUUGAGCUGCAAUCUCAUGAUAAAUAUCCUGAGAUUUGGGCUUUGGAUGAGAAUGAUCCCUUUAUGCAGCCUAAAGGUGGAGAAAGUGUUGCAGAUGUUGUCACCAGGCUCACAAGAGCUUUGGCAAUGAUGGAAUCGGAGUUUGAAAAAUGCACAAUAUUGGUGGUAAGCCAUGGUGAUCCACUGCAGAUUAUGCAGACAAUCCUGAAUGCAACAAGAGAACAUGGAAAUUCGACUGAAAAUGAGUUGAUUUCUAUAAUAGAUGCAAUCAGAGUACCGUCGGUUCUCUCACAGCACCGCAAGUUUGCUCUUAAUACUGGAGAACUUCGCCAAUUAAUAUAG